CAGUGCCACCUGUCAGUGUCUAUCAAUGCCAGCUGUCAGUGCUCAUCAGUGCCUCAUCAAUGCCACCUAUCAGUGCCAGUCAGUGCCACCUAUCAAUGCCCAUCAGUGCCACCUAUCAGUGCUGCCAACCAGUGCCACCUAUCAGUGCCAGUCAGUGCCGCCUUCAGAGCCAGUCAUUGCUGCCUGUCAGUGAGCAUCAGUGCUACCUAUCAGUACCAGUCAGUGUCGCCUAUCAGUGCCAGUCAGUGCCGCCUAUCAGUGCCGCCAGUCAGUGCCACCUAUCAGUGCCAUGUAUCAGUGCUGCCUUUCAGUGCCCAUCAGUGAUGCCUGUUAAUGUCCAUCAGUGCCACGAACCAGUGCCUCCUCAUCAGUGCCCAUCACUGCAGCCUCAAGUG